AUGCCCUGGGCAAGAGGCCACCGCUCUGCAUGGGUCCACGACUGGGUAAUCUGGAGACAUUUCCGUGACUACUUCACCAUCUUGGUGCACGCACCCAGGAACGAGUUGGAUGCCUCCUGCUGUCUCUUCCGCUUCCACCCUGGUGGGGUCCUUGUCGUCCUUGUCGUCGGGGCCUUCCACAACUUCUGCACAGAGGCCACGGGCUUCUCCCGUCUCUUCCCCGGCCUCCUGCGGCAACUGCUCAUGCUGCCCUGUUGGUUCCACCCCCCUCUCUUCCGGAACUACCUUAUGUGUGGUGGUUUGGUACCCUCUGACAAGACCAGCGCCUCCUAUCUGUUGUCCCGGCCUGGGGGCGGCCAGGUGGCAGUCCUGGCCGUGGGAGGGCCCCUGGAGGCGCUGGAGGCAAAAGCCGGAGGGCUGAGCUUGCGGAUCCGGAACAAGGGAUUUGUCAAGUUGGCCCUGGAGCAAGGGGCCUCCCUCGUGCCUGUUUUCUCUUUCCGGGAGAACGAGCUCUUCCAGCAGUUCCCGAACCCGCCGGGCUCGUGGGUGCGGGGGGCACAGGAAGAGCUGCAGCCACUGCUGAGCGUGGCCCUGCCGCUGUUCCAAGGCCCCCUGGGCCUCCUCUUGCCCUUCGGCGCGCCCAUCCACACAGUCGUGGGGGCCCCAAUCCCGGUGCCAAGAAGCCGCGCGCAAGUGGACAUGCUGCACGCGCUCUACGUGGAGAGGCGCACGCGGCUGUUCGAAGAGCACAAGGCGCGCUACGGCAUUCCCGCCCACAGGCACCUGGUCCUCACCUAG